AUGAGAAACAAGACUGAAAGGACUGGGUUUCUACUCCUGGGAUUUGAAACUAGUGAACAGUUACGUUUCCUCCUUUUUAUCAUUUUUCUAUCCUUCUAUGUCCUUACCAUUACAACCAAUAUGUUCAUCAUCGGAAUCAUAAGAAUAGACCUUAAUCUGCAGAAGAAACCUAUGUAUAUCUUUCUAAGCCACUUUUCCUUCCUUGAGAUAUGCUAUACCACUGUUACUCUUCCCAAAAUGCUGGUUGAUUUUAUAGAGGAUAACAAUACAUUAUCCUAUCAUGGCUGCCUUACCCAGAUUUACUUCUUCUUUGCAUUGGGGCUCACUGAGCUAUCCUUCCUCACAGUGAUGUCAUACGACAGGUAUUUUGCUGUAUGUCACCCACUGCGUUACUAUGCUAUCAUGACGAACAAACUUUGCAGUAAAAUGGCAAUAUGUUCAUGGUCUUGUGGUUUUCUUUUCAGCUUCUUUUUAAUUAUUCCCAGUUCAAGAUUCUUAUUCUGCGGUCCAACUAAUAUAAACCAUUUCUUUUGUGACUUUAUACCACUGCUGCACAUCUCAUGUAAUAAAACUCUUAUAACAGAUAGGAUUUUCUAUACACUGGCUUGGAUUAUUAUACUAUAUUCUUUUGCUGUGACCUUAUCCUCAUAUGUCUAUAUUAUCAAGACAAUCUGCAGUGUGCUCUCCAGAGCUGGAAGGAGGAAUGCCUUUUCAACCUGUGCCUCUCAUCUCACUGUUGUUUUGACUUUUUAUGUCACCAUCAUCUUUAUGUAUAUUCGCCCAUCAGCACAAUACUCUUUCAAUGUGGAUAAGGUGAUUUCUUUGUUCUAUGCAGUGGUGGUCCCAUUGUUAAAUCCGCUGGUGUACACUCUACGUAAUGCAGAGGUGCAAGAGGCUUUCAGGAAAGUGUUAGUAAAAACAAUUACUUUUAUCUAACAUGCCCCUUUUGGCUUAAUUAUGUGUUCUAUGCAUGGAAAUUUCACAUCCUAUUCAAAAUGCAAGUCUCUCCAUGCAUGAAAGGCACCUAUAUAAACAGCAUCUCAACA